AGUUCUUUUUAAGUUGUAGUCAUGAACGUAUCUUGUAGAUGUUGGAUAUAGAUAGAUAUUUAUAAUAAAAUAACAACAACCAAGAAAACAUAAAAACAACAACAAAAAAACAUAAACACACACAAAAAAUAAGAUAUAAACAAACAGAAAAAAUAAUUAAAAAAAAAAACUUGAAAAUAUAUUUUGUUUAUUUUAAUAAAAUAUUCGCAUAAAAUAAAUUCUCACAACGAGUGAGGAACCAAAAACAAAAAAAAUAUACGACAGAUACACUACACUACUUAGUGAGAGAGAACAUAAACCAACCCCCACAUUUAACAACAACAAAAAGUAUCUAAUGUUUUUUUUUAGUAUAAAGAACAACUGCAUGUGUAUGGUGUGGCCAAACGAACAGUAGAGUUCUGCUUUCCAAGACACUUCGUUAUGUGUCUUUCGCCUUAAUGCUGAAUGUUGUGUGUAUUUCUAAUGACAAUAGAACUGACUGAAUAGAAUCGAAUCCAUUCUAUAUAGUAAAUUCUUCGUUUUUAACGUUACGUUACAUUACGUUAAGUUCUGGUCGGUUUAUCGUUUAUUCGUAUUCGUGUGUUUCGUAAAAAUUUGUUUACUUUAUUGAGUGUCUGAGUGUGAGUGCAUGUAUUUAUUCGGGUUUGUACAUUUUGCUAAUUCUCAUAAGAAUUUAUUAGAUUGUGUGUCGCCCAAGUGAGCAAACGCUUUGUAGUUAAGCCAAACGUCAAGUUGUGAAAGACAGAAUAUAAACACCCCUGCUCCCUCCUCUAGCACUAAUGCUCUCACUCUCCAAACCUUUCAGCACACACACUUACUCAUUUAUUCGGUUUCCUCGCUGUUAGAACCAUAGAGGAAGAAUAGAGCAUGUUCACAAAAAAAGAAUACAAAUAUAAUUUUUCGCAAAACGUUAACGAGUGUUUAGUAUGAUUAUAAGCGUUUAUUUAAAAAGCUGAAAUUGACGCGUAAGCAACACUUGUGCUCUAAAACAAAAUAACCAAGUUAAAUAUUCUAAAAAAAUAACUAAAAAAAGUUUUGAAAAGUUUUAAUUUUUAAAUUGAAAAUUGUAUGGAAUAGAAAAAAAUAAACAACUUAAAUCUAAAUUAAUGAAAAUCUUUAAUGUCUAAAUAAAAACUUAAAUGUAUGGCCUUUUUUUCGGAAAUAUUAAACAAAACCAAAUAAAUUAUAUACUUAAUUUUUUUAUGUUUAAAAUUAUUAUUUAAAAAGUGGUCAUGCUGUAGUCUUUAAAGUUUUUUAUUAAAAUAAGGCGUGUAAUUCCUUUAGGAAUGAACCCAUUUAUACGCUUUAAAUUAAAACAAAGUUAAAAGAAAAUUUUUAUAAAAAUAUAAAGUGCCUCUUAAUUUAUAAAAAAAAAUCAAACACAAAGUGCAAUUUAAUAAAAAAAAUUAAAACUUCAAAUAAUUUAUAAUUUACUGCAAAGCAAACAUAAAAAAAAUUCUAAUAAUAAAAAGUUUAUAAAGUUUAUAUAGUAAAGAGAAAAAAAAACGUUAACCACAGUGCCCUUAUUCAAUGAUUAUGGAAAAAUAAUAGCAAAAAUAAAUUAAAACAAUCAUAUUUUUUUUAAAAAAGCAUUAAAAUUAAAUCCUUCAACAAAACAAACCUCUGGACUAUUGCCAUCUGUCAGCAAUUAUAUAAUUUAUUAUUAUUAUUAUUCCGGUUUCGCUUGUUCUCAACGCAUUGAGAAAAAAAAUUACAUAAGUUUUGAAUUGUUUCAAUUUCAAUUAUACUUUUAUCUGUGACUACCGCACAACAAUAACAACAAAAUAACAAAAACAACCGUAAUAAUUAAAAAGAUAUAAAAACUAUAAUAAAAAAUAUAUAUUCUACCUUUGGAUUUACCUUUUAAACACUUCAACAUAUUUUUGCCUGCUGUAUUUGCUGCACUGCACACUGCUGUAAAACUGUUUCGUGCUGAAGUCAAAUCAGCUGUUCAGCCGCAACAACAACAACAACGACAACAAAUAAUUACGCCAUGCAAAAUAUGAAAUAAAGUUAAAUGUUUAAAACUUUGUAAUGGAAUUCCAGCAACAUUACUUAAGAAUUUUACAAAUGAACUAUUGUUAUAAACAAACAACAACAACAAGAAUAAACCAACUAAAAAGUGUUUAAAUAAAAGAAAAUUUAAAAAACUUAAGCAAAAAUAUAAAAAGAAAAAAAGCAAACUUUUUCUUUGUGACAAACUGUAACGAAGGCCUUUAACUGUGAUUUUAAUUAAUAAGUGUUUUAAACAAUUAGUUUUUAGUUGUAUUUUUGUAAUUUGUGUAAUAAUUAAUUUAAAGUAAAAACCGUGUUAAAUAUUUUGAUAAGCAGCAAACAUGUUUAAUUUAAAUAUACCACCUUCAUCGUUAUUGGGUGUGGAGGGCUCUGGCGGUUUAUGCUCUAAGCCUAAUACACCCGAAAUUCUCAAUUCUCUAAUUGCCAUGACAAAUCCUCUGGAUAAUUAUAAUUUUUCUAAUAACAUUAACUGCAGCAUUAGCAGCAACAAUAACUCGACAGCUACAACACCAGCCUCAGUGACAGUGCGCAAUUUCAAUGCAAAUACACAGAAUACCUCCCAGGAUAGCAGUCAUUCGAGUAGUUCUUCUACCCCUUUGGAUUCACCUGCUGGCACAAAUACUACACCCAGUGUACAACAGACCUGUUCACAACUGAUUAAAGCUGGUCUCAAAUUGUCCAUACAAAGCAAACGCAAGUUGUCUACCUGUGACUCCAGUUCCGGUUCUGAGCAACCCAUGUCUAAAUGCUCACGACCCAAUGAGGAGUUCGAUGAGACCACAGAUGAUGACAGUGAUCUGAAGGCCACUUUGCCCAAGGGUUUGACACCUGAAGAUGAGGACCGUCGCCGGCGUCGCAGAGAACGCAAUAAGAUCGCUGCCACCAAGUGUCGCAUGAAGAAACGUGAACGAACCCAGAAUUUGAUUAAAGAAGCCGAUCAGUUGGACACACAAAAUGUUGACCUCAAGAAUCAAGUGCGUAUUUUAGAAAGCGAAAGGCGUAAACUUUUGGAAAUGCUACAGGCUCAUGAGCCGGCCUGUGUCCAUCAUGAAGGCUUAAAUUUACCCUCAAAACUGUUACAAUCACCAGCUUAUAAAUAUUUGGCCGAUUUGAAUUUGGAUGACAACUCUUGCAAUUCCUCAAUAAAUGGCCUCAAUUCACCUGCUAAUGUCAAUAAUAAUGGUUCCACAAUUACUUCAAACUCCAGCUCACAGACUCCCACACAGCGCACCGUAAUCCCACCGAUGUCUACUAUCAAAUUUUCACGCAGCAAUGGUUUCAAGGCUGCUGCCGCAGUCUCCGCCGCUCUUACAAAUCAAGUUUCAAUUGUAUCUCAACUUCCCAGCUUAACACAAACUUCAACGCUAAACCAUCACACUAGCCAACUACCCAAUGGUUACUGUAAGCCUUCACCCACGCCUCAGGAGUUGGGUUAUUUAAAUUCACCCUCUCAGGACAGUACAAGUCUGUGCAUAACAGCUAUGCACACUCCCACACACCUCACUACUAGCAACACACCCACCGCCCACCAGACAGUCAUCAGCAACUCCGCUUCCAGCCUUAUGGGCCACAGCAUGUCCGAUUACAUUCCAAAUUGCGACUCCAGUGGUUUAGGUCUGACUUUGGCUCAUACACCCACCACCUGCAGCACACCAAUUGGCAGCAAUGGAGGCGAUAACAGUGCUCUAUUAGCCAGUGUAGCCAGUCCCAUGUCUUGUGUCUCGACACCCACCACCGCCACCGAAUUUGUUAAAAACGAACUGGUCGAUUCCCAGAGUCCCUACACUACCGCCCAAUCGGCCGAACGAUUUUUAUUUGAGAGCAACUGUGAUAGUUUUGUUGAUAUCAAGCAUGCAGUGAAUGUCCACCAACCAGUCAAUCAUAAUCAUGGCGGACCCACUCUACUGCAAAACUCUAAUAUAGGAGGCAACAUUUUAGAUUUUACCUCUUCCUUGAUGGGUGGUAAUGGUUCCGGAAUUGUUUCCUUCCAUGAUCAAAUCUCCAUUAAGAAUGAUUAUCUGCAUGAGGCCGAUUUGUUGGCCCAAUUAACAGGUGAAGCGGGCGAGUUUGUUGAUUUGGACACCGGAGUAGCAGCAGCGUUUAUGACCAAUGGUGGUUGCCUGGCCUAAGCUUCUCGUUAAGAACACAUGGAGUUUACUUAUUAAACAUUUUCUUUUUUUCUAUUAAUUUGCGGGUCAAAAACAAAGUGAGAAAAGGGGAACGUAAGUAACUCUUGAGAGAUUAUUUAAGGUUGGUUGCUAAUGGUUAAGAAACAGAGAGUGCGGAGAGAGAUAAGAAAGAUCGCUAUGAUUAUACAAGCCUAAAGAAACUUCCAAAAUUAUUAAAAAAAGGGUUUAGGGAGUUCGAUGCAACAACAUGGCUGCUAGCAUAGUUUAGGUUUUUUAUUAUUAUUAUGUUCAAACAACCACGUAAAACUUUAUUUGCUUAACAUUCCCUUUCUAAACUCCCCAAAAAAAAACAACUGAUUUUAAUAAAAUUUUGUCUUCCAUUUAAUGUUGAUUUAAAGAAAACUAAAUUUUAAAACAACAAACCCACCUUUGUUUAAAAUUAUAUAAAGAAAACAACUUCAAUCAAUACAUAAAUACUUCCUAAAUGAUAAAAUUAAUACUUCCCAACUCUGAAUUUUUGGCAUAACAGUCAGUGCUUUAUACUACUAGACUCAUAUUUAUAUUUUUUCUGUAAUUGUUUUGUGUUUUGGUUUGGUAAAACUUUGGUAUCAAAGUUACAAAAAAAACGUGGUUGCCAUAGUAACUCGAAUACAUGUUUUAAUCGAAUUGGCAGCUUUUUUUCGUUUAACCCUACAACCUUAAAAUUUUGGAAGCUUAUUAAGGCUCAACUACCUCAAUUUGUUAAAAUUUAUAAAAAAUAUAAAAAAAUUUAAAAAUGCAUUCCAUAAUAAAGUUUUAAUUUAUUGCAAAAAACAAUACAAGAGAAUCAAAUAAAUUGAACCUACAACAGUAAUUAUUAUUUUUAAAUAAAAAACAACAAAAUUAUUAUUAUUUCUUUAAGUAAAAGAACAGAGAUUAAUUGUAAAAAUUAUAUAAAAAAUUAAACUAUGUAAUUGGCUUUAAAUAUAUAAUUAAAAAUUUAAUGAUAUUUCAUUAUAAGUGAUAAAUAUAACACAAAGUAAAAUUACAAAAAAAAACAAAUAACAAAAAAAAUGCCUUAAAUGUGGAAAUUUCAAUAAAACUACUUUAAUAUACAUACAACUCAUAAAUUUACUACUAAAUGUGCUCUUAUAUUUUAUUAAAGCUAAAUUUAAAUUUAAAACAAAACCGAUAUUAACUCUUCUUUUUUAGGUGUGUUUAUUUAUUAAUAAGAAAACUUUCCUCAACUAAAAAAUUAAUAAAAAGAAAUUUCAAUGAUAAUUAUGUGUUAGUUGUGCAGAAAAGUAAAAUUUUUAUAAAAUAAUUUUCAACAAAAAGUGUCUUCAAACUAAUUUCAUUUUUUUACAAAUUGGAAAGAAAUCAACAAAAAGCCUUAAUAUUUUUGAAAAUAAAAUAAAUAAUCUUAAAAAUAAUAAAAUAAUAAAAACAAAAACUAUUUAAUGCUUUAUAAAAAAAACAAGAACAAAAAGAAAACCAAGUGCUUUAUAUAUAAAUAUUUUCUUUUUACAAUAUUAAUUAGGAACAAGAAAUUUAUUAGUGUUUUACUUUAAAAUCUAAAAUAGUUUUUGAUAAACUUUGGUAAAAAAAAUAAAUAAGAAAUAUUUUUUAUUGCAGCAGUUUAUAAGCUUUUUUGCAACGAGUUUACAGUAAAAAAUAACAUAAAAAAAUAAUAUUCAAAAAAAAAAAACAUAAAAAUUAAAAUAUAAUAAAUAUGACAAAGAAAUGCCUUCUUCCUAUUUUUUAAGAAUAGGUUUGCUAUGCAUACAUAAAUAUUUAUAUACAUACAAUUAAAUAUUACAAAACAAAAAAACAUAAUUAAUAAAAACAAAAAAUCAAAUCAAAGCAUCAAAUUACCUCAUUACAACAAAUCCAAAAACAUUUAAAAAAUAAAAGUUAAAAACUCUAAAUGUAUUUAAAAAAAAUCUAUAUAUUGUUGUUAUUAAAAAUAUAAAAGAAAAACAAAACAAAUUGAAUAUGUUAUUAAUGAAACUUAAAAUUAAUCAAAUUAAAUAUAAAUAAACAAGACUUACAAAUUAAUAUUUCUAUUCUAUUAAUUUGUUUAAGGGAAACCCUAUUAAUGAAAAGUUAGUUUUAAUUAAAUAAUAUUUUUGAAAUCAAUAUAUAUUUUUAAAUAUUCGCUCUUUUAAACUCAAUUAUCAACCUAUGGAAUUGGCAACACUGUUUUGAUUAAGUGGUAAAAGUAGGGUUUCCCUUUAAAAAAUCUUACAUUUGUUUUCUUUUCAUUACAAUUAAGUGGCGCAUUUGUGAAUAAAUCAAAACUAAAUGAAAACAAAAACAAAAAAAAAAAACAAAACUAUAUCUUUAGUAUUUAAGAAACAUCAAACCCAAUAUAUUAAUAUUGUUAUCAAAACUUUAAGAAUAACUCAAGCUCUAAACGUGAGCCUAUUUGCGCUACCAAUGUACCUGUUAAAUCAAAUUUAACUGUAAUAAUUUUCAAUAUACAUUUAAUAUCCUGCAAAUUUGUAAGUCUUGUUUAAAUAUUAUCUCUAUAAGAUAAAAUCAACUUAUUUAACUAAAAAGGUUUCCUUAACAUUUCUAUAUUUAACAAAAAAUGUUGUGUUUUUAAGUAUUAUGAUAUUUUUGACCAGAGCAAAAAUAUAUAAUUAAUAUUUUUAUUAUUUCUCUUUAAUUUUUCACUUUUUAUUUAUUUAUUUUUUUCUAUUAAGUUAAACUGUUGCAAUAUUCAUGACUAUUUUUUUGUUAAUAAAUUUUAAGUUUUUUUGUUAUUUGUUUUCUCAUUUUUUUAUACAAUUUCUUGCUAUUAUUUUCUUUUUGUUUAACAAAUUUUUAUCAACAAAUAUUAACGUUUUAAAUAUAUAUAUUUUUUUUAAAAAAAGCACACUUAAGACACCUAUUUAAAAUAUAUCUAAUAUUAAAAGAAAACAAAAAUAUUUAAAAAAAUACACACCAAUAUUAAAACCAACACUA